UUCUAUUGUUGAGGACUAGUUAUCGAGAAGUACUUUCGAUUUAUAAACAAAUGUAUUACUAAACUUCCUGAGUGUUAGUUUUUCCAUAUAACUAUGUGGCUGUUGGAUGUAUUAAGUUUCCUUCUGGCAGUAUGUUAUGCGUCGGCGCAUACCAAGCCUGUUAUUACACCGUCCGGUGUGGUUUCAGUUGUACAAGGGAGUAACCUGACUCUUACAUGUUCCUAUGAAAGCAACGUGACAACUAUUAAUUACCAGUGGUGUAAGAGUCAAGCAACUGAAUACUCUUGUUAUAGUGCGAUUGGCCAGGACGGGUGUGUCAACUUUUAUGCAUCAACAAUAAUUUAUGGAAUUCAAUGUCAGGGUAACAAUGUGUUAAAUCUGACUAUAUACAACGUUCAGAAUGCUGAUGACCGGGUAUAUUGGAAGUGUAAUCAGAUAUUGGGCAAUGAAUCAACGAAGAGCGAGCCUAUACAGCUAGAAGUACAAGACGGUCCAGACAACGUGUAUUUGCACCCAUCAACCUCAUCCUACACGGUGACAGAAGGAGAUACCCUGGGAACUAUAACAUGUUCUGCCACAUGUAACCCGCCCUGUGCGUACACGUGGUCCAGAUCAGGAUCGACGGUUAGUUAUGCAGCAACACUGGACCUCGGUGAGGUGGAGAGAAUGGAGGCCGGUUCGUACGUCUGUAUGGCAAGGAACCCAGGGUCAAAUGUCUCUAAGAGUGGACAAAUUGUGAACGUCACUGUCAGAUACGGUCCCGACAGCGUAUCUCUGUCACCUUCUACAGCGAACUACACAGUGACAGAGAGAGACAACCUAGCGGCUAUAACGUGUUCUACCACUUGUUACCCAGCAUGUACGUACACGUGGUCGAGGUCAGAGGUUAACAUCAGCUCUACAGCUAAACUGAUACUCAGUGAGAUAGAGAGAAGUGAGGCGGGAUCUUAUAUCUGUACGGCACGAAACCCAGAUUCAAGUGUUUCAAAGAUUGGGCCAGUCGUAAGCGUCUAUGUAACAUACGGUCCCGAAAUGGUAUUAAUGUCACCUGCUACCAGGUCAUACACAUUGACAGAGGGAGAUAACCUGGUUAUAAAGUGUUCUGCCAUGUGUAGUCCGGCCUGCACAUAUACAUGGUCAGUAUCAAGGGACCCACUGUCCAUACCAUGGGUUACGCUAAGCUUUAAAGCCACACUUGACAUCGGUCAGAUAAAGAGAUUGGAGGCCGGAUCCUAUAUCUGUACGGCACGGAACUCGAUAUCAAAUGCUCCAAAGCAUGGUGAAAUAGUGAGCGUCGUGGUCAGAUACGGCCCAGACAACGUGUUUAUUAAUCCAUCCCAGACGUCUUACACGAUGACAGAAGGGCACAUGGUGGGGGCUAUUAGGUGUUUUACCUCGUGUUACCCGUCAUGUGCUUACAUGUGGUCCAAGUCAAGAAGGAGGGUCGGUUCAAAUGAUACGCUUAACCUCGAUGAGGUUGAGAGAGGAGAGGCUGGAGCAUACGUUUGUACGGCAAGGAACCCAGGUUCGGGCUUCUCAAGACGUGGACCAGUAGUUACAGUCACUGUGACAUACGGUCCAGACAACGUGUAUCUGUACCCAUCAACCUCGUCCUACACGGUGACAGAAGGAGAUACCCUGGGACCUAUAACAUGCUUUGCAACGUGUAACCCGGCCUGUGCGUACACGUGGUCCAGAUCAGGAUCGACGUUUAGUAAUGCAGCAACACUGAAUUUCGGUGAGGUGGAUAGAGUGGCUGCUGGUUCGUACGCCUGUAUGGCAAGGAACCCAGGGUCGAAUGUCUUCAGGAGUGGACAAGCUGUGAACAUCGUUGUCAGAUACGGACCCUCUUCCCUCAAGCUGAUUCCAAGCACACUACGCUACAUUAAGAAUGAAGGUAACAUGCUUCGUGAAAUAACUUGUUCUGCUUAUUGCUUCCCUGAAUGCAAUAUUCUCUGGUGGAGAACUAGCGGGGGAUCAUCAGAUGUCGUCAGUAAUAACGCCUUCUUGUCCAUUGGACAACUCGACAGAACGAAGAGUGGUACAUACAGAUGCGAGGCCAUCAAUCCUUACACACGAUCAAAGAUUACAAACACGGUUACUGUCGACGUCAGAUAUGGCCCAGACGAUGUGACACUAAACGUACCCAAAAUCCAUACAGUAACGGAAGGAGACACCGUCAAUAAUAUUUAUUGUUCAGCGGAUUGCUGGCCGGAAUGUGUAUUUACCUGGUCUAACAUGACAACAAGAAGGCAAGUGAGCUCUACCACGGUUCUUAAGUUUCGGACAGCGCAUCGCUACGACGCCGGUGAUUACAAGUGCUUGGCCAGAAACUCUGCACAUCAGUUCUCUAGAGAGGCAGAAAAACACUUCACCCUUAUUGUUCAGUAUUCACCUGACGUUUUAAUAAGCGAGUCAUCAGCUUCAUUACACGAAAACACCCCUCUUGAUCUUCUGUGCAAGGCGGCAGGUAUACCAGCUGUGUACAAGUUCACAGGCUUUCUGCAGCGAGUUAAUGAUAUCGUGGUCCCCAACAGUCACGUGGGUAGUCUCGGUGAGAGAGAUAGCAUAUCUGUGAACAUUCCUUCCCUCCAGCUUCAAGAUACAGGGGUUUACACCUGCUACGUUCAUAAUGGGAUUAUUGGCCACAACAAACAACUCAUUCAGACUGCUUCACGAAAGGUCGAGGUCCAAGCAUCCCCACGAUUCCUCCUGGAGGAAACCAGUUUUGCCGGAGAAACGUCAGGAAACAUCACUAUUGCCAUUCCGUUUGUUAGCAUUCCUGAGUACACAUCAUACAGUGUGAUAAGACACGAUGGACAACUCGUGUCGACGAAUGGAAAAUAUACUUUGUAUAUAAGAAAUGAAUCUGUGUAUCCUUUGUUCUAUGGACAGCAAGUCACACUUUCUGGAAACGUUCUAGAAAUAUUUAUCAGAGGCUUGUCAGAAAAGGAUUUUGGGAUAUACAAGAUGCAAAUUACCAAUGACAUAAACACGGCAAAUUUCAGCAUUGAUGUCAAGGCGACAAGUAUGAAUAUAAUUGUUUAUAUUAUGAUCAUGUAA